AUGUCUGAUACAUGUCUGAUUACAUCAGAUUACAUGUCUGAUUACAUGUCUGAUUACAUCAAACCGACUGAUACACAUCAAUACUUAGACUUCAAGUCUUGUCAUCCUGCACAUGUGAAGAAGGCAAUCCCCUAUGGUCAGGCGCUAAGAUUAAAACGGAUUUGUAGUUCGGAAAAAGUUUUUCAGGAUAGGCUUAAAGAAAUGGAAGGUCAUUUUAUAAAGCGAGGAUUUAACAAAAAGUUGGUUAAGGAUCAGUUUUCUGAG